AUGUCGUCAACACAAGGUGCGGAUUUUGAAGUGGUGGCUUGCGGUCGCAAGACGAAGAAAGAAUACCUCGGCGAACACAAGAGGCAGGAGGAGAUGGUGGGCACCUACGCAACGUGGAAGGAGCGACUGUGCAGCAAAGAAGCGCAAACUGUCAGAGCAAUCGCAAACGGGAGAGAGCGUGGGGACGAAAUCAAGGGUAUCAAGGGUCGCUGCACGCGACCACUUGGGCAAAGCGGCGCAUACACCCCUGACCGCCUCCAUGUCUAG